AUGUCGGACGUUAGGAUCAAGCAGGAGCGUGUCAAUGGCUCUAAACCGAAUGACGAUGGAGAGGCUACAGCGAAGGAGGUCUCGGAGGCGUUCCAAGCGGCAGUUGGAGAGGACGAAAUGGACAGGACCAACGCGCUGCUGAUGCACGCGUGCAACUGCGACGACGCGCACUGUCGCGACCCCCAGUUCCGCGGCUUGUGCUCGCAUAUGAAGCGGUUCCUACGUGCGGCCUGCUGGGCUUCCCACAGCGAGAAGUGGCGAUCAUACCCCAUCGGCAAUGCAGUCAUUGAGCUAUUCGCGUAUCACGCGCUGCACUGCCAGGCACUCCAAUGCAACGUGCCAAUGUGUCGACAGCUACGUGGUCAAGUGCUGCUGUGA